GCGUUACAGAUUUGACUAAUCAUCUCCCUGGUGGUUCCACGCCGGAGCUCCAAAGGCAGCACGACGAUCAUCAAGUCUCGAUCUUUCAGACCACCUUCGACAAUCAAUAAAGGGUUUGAUCGCUGUACGCAAGGAGUAAGCUUUUCGAUUCUUAUCACGAUGUAAUCUACGUCGGAUAAUCCUUCCUGUUUAUGAGUUUCUAGAUAAAAGUUUCCAAAUUUAGAAAGCCUUGUGGUGAAAAGCACAUAGAUUUUUGUUAAUGUAGGUCAAUGGCGUCUUCUUCUUCUGAUACAUGGAUGAGAGAGUACAACGAGGCUUUAAAACUCUCUGAGGAUAUAAACGGCAUGAUGUCCGAAAGAAACUCCUCUGGUUUAACCGGACCUGAUGCUCAACGCCGUGCUUCAGCUAUACGAAGGAAGAUCACCAUUUUGGGGACUCGAUUAGACAGUCUUCAAUCCCUUCUCGUUAAAGUUCCUGGGAAGCAACAUGUGUCAGAGAAAGAGAUGAAUCGUCGUAAGGAUAUGGUUGGGAACUUGAGAUCAAAGGCGAAUCAGGUGGCGUCUGCUUUGAACAUGUCGAACUUUGCUAAUAGAGACAGCUUGCUUGGGCCAGAUACAAAGCCUGAUGAUGCAAUCAACAGAGUCUCUGGCAUGGAUAACCAAGGCAUUGUUGGAUUCCAACGACAAAUUAUGAGAGAACAAGACGAAGGGCUGGAGAAGUUGGAGGAAACUGUCAUGAGUACCAAACACAUUGCUCUCGCUGUCAACGAGGAGCUCACUCUACAGACAAGGCUUAUCGAUGACUUAGACUACCAUGUGGAUGUUACGGACUCUCGCUUAAGGCGUGUGCAGAAGAGCCUUGCAGUGAUGAACAAGAAUAUGAAAGGAGGUUGCUCGUGCAUGUCCAUGCUCUUGUCAGUGCUUGGAAUCGUCGGUCUUGCUCUUGUCAUUUGGCUGCUGGUUAAGUACCUGUAAUGCCCACUAAUAUGAUGAAUCAAAUUCUAUCUUGGUCUUUCAGCCUCUCGUCUAUGCGUAUGGUUAUAUUGUCUUAUGUGUACAUCGCUGCGUGCAAGAACCCUUCAAAAAGUAUAUAAUCAAAGUUGUAUUUUGUGUUGUAUUAUAUGACUCCUACUUGGUUCACGAAAAGACUGUAUCACAACCUCUUUGAUCUCGUGUGGAUUAUAUACUUUGUUUUUUGCUUUGCA